CAAGCGCAAGUAGACUCGCACUGUGUAAGAAUACGAAAUGGACCGAGAAGAAGAGGAACGAGAUGAAAUGGAACGAAGAUAUCACGUAAUCGAACAAUGCAUAGACAUUGUGUACCCCGCAGUAGGAUGGAUAUGGGUCGACAACGUGCCGGUGCGCGAGGUCCGCCUUUAUAAUAUGGUGAGGGUUCGGAUCCCUCACAGACAGGAUUUUAUAUAUUUCGAUGAAAUCCGAAUUCGGGGAUUCAUCAAUAUUCAUCGUCAGCGUUUGGUACGCUGGUUUAGAAGAGUGGAUUCCGAAUAUAACGAGGAAAUCUGGGACGUUUUAGGAGAUGAAGAUAUCUUCCAAUUACGAAGAUUAUUCGAUAUGCAAAAUGAGUUUGACGUUGAAAAGGAAGAGGUGUG